CAAAGGCCAUUGGUUAGAUUUUUCUUAGAUCCAAUGUACAUAGAGGACUGACUGUACUGAAAUAGAAAAGUUGACUCACACUGCACUCUGUGCCAGCAUUGAAUAACCCCGUGUCAAAAACCCAAUGCCGUUCUCACCCUAGUGUAAUCCUGACAUCGAGUUUAGCAAGAGGGCCUUUCUGGCUCGGGAAAUUGAGCUGGAAAUCCUUUAACCUGUUGCAGUUGGGCGAGCAGGAUGUCGCUCACUAACACUCCCACCAGCAACGACGCGUGCCUCAGCAUCGUGCACAGCCUCAUGUGCCACCGGCAGGGUGGCGAGAGCGAGACCUUCGCCAAGCGGGCCAUCGAGAGCCUGGUGAAGAAACUGAAAGAGAAGAAGGACGAGCUGGACUCGCUCAUCACGGCCAUCACCACCAACGGAGCGCACCCCAGCAAGUGUGUGACCAUUCAGCGAACCCUGGACGGGCGCCUGCAGGUCGCGGGGCGCAAGGGGUUUCCCCAUGUGGUGUACGCACGACUGUGGCGCUGGCCAGAUCUCCACAAGAACGAGCUGAAGCAUGUGAAAUACUGCCAGUUCGCGUUUGAUCUCAAAUGUGACAACGUGUGUGUCAACCCUUACCACUAUGAGAGGGUUGUGUCACCAGGCAUCGAUCUCUCAGGACUGACCCUUUCAAGCUCAGGCAACUUCACAGUCAAAGACGAGUUUGAUUACGACAGCCAGCAGCCUCACACCAGCUCUGAGUUCCACCUCCCCACCGUCCAGCACCCCCCCUCCAGACCUCCAGGCUCCCAGGAGGCCUUCGGCAGUCCAACCCUGCGCCCCCCACCCGAGGGCAGCGGCUCGGCCUCCACCUCGGCCUUCUCCAGCAUCACCGCAGCUGGAUCUUCAAGUUCUGCCCCCGACUGGACGCGGAACGGGAGCUUCCCGCUCACGGUGUCUCACCACCAGAACGGUCAUCUGCAGCACCACCCUCCCAUGCCUCCCUCAGGGCACUACUGGCCUGUAGCCAAUGAGAUUGCAUUCCAGCCUCCCAUAUCCAAUCACCCAGCUCCUGAGUACUGGUGCUCGGUCGCCUACUUUGAGAUGGACGUGCAGGUGGGGGAGACCUUCAAGGUGCCCUCCAGCUGCCCCGUGGUGACGGUGGACGGCUACGUGGACCCCUCAGGAGGAGACCGCUUCUGCCUGGGCCAGCUCAGCAACGUGCACCGCACGGAGAACAUCGAGAGAGCCAGGCUCCACAUCGGGAAGGGCGUGCAGCUGGAGUGCAAGGGGGAGGGGGACGUGUGGGUGCGUUGCCUUAGCGACCACGCCGUGUUCGUGCAGAGCUACUACCUGGACAGGGAGGCUGGCCGUGCCCCUGGAGACGCCGUGCACAAGAUCUACCCCUCAGCUGACAUCAAGGUGUUUGACCUGAGGCAGUGUCACCGGCAGAUGCAGCAGCAGGCGGCCACAGCGCAGGCCGCGGUGGCCGCCCAGGCUGCAGCAGUGGUCGGUAACAUCCCCGGGCCUGGCUCCGUGGGGGGCAUCGCCCCCGCCAUCAGCCUGUCUGCAGCGGCGGGGAUAGGAGUGGACGACCUGCGCAGGCUGUGCAUCCUGAGGAUGAGCUUUGUGAAGGGCUGGGGGCCAGACUACCCCCGACAGAGCAUCAAGGAGACGCCCUGCUGGAUCGAGAUCCACCUCCACCGGGCCCUGCAGCUGCUGGACGAGGUGCUGCACACCAUGCCUAUCGCCGACCCUCAGCCCCUGGACUAGCCAGACAAGCCUACCUUACCCCGAAACCAUGGACCCAGCCUCUACCCUACCCUGAAACCAUGGACCCAGCCUCUACCCUACCCUGAAACCAUGGACCCAGCCUCUACCCUACCCUGAAACCAUGGACCCAGCCUCUACCCUACCCUGAAACCAUGGACCCAGCCUCUACUCUACCCUGAAACCAUGGACCCAGCCUCUACUCUACCCGGAAACCAUGGACCCAGCCUCUACCCUACCCCGAAACCAUGGACCCAGCCUCUACCCUACCCUGAAACCAUGGACCCAGCCUCUACC